UACUCAUCUUUAGUUUGUUUACGUUUUUACCAAACAAAUUAUAAAAAUCAUGUCGUCUUCGUUUAGAUAUAAUCUUUUAAGGAGUGUCAAGCCAUACACUGCUUUCGCCCCGCAACUGACCAAGUCUAUGUUACGAGUCCUUAUUCAAGUAUCUGUGCAUUUCAUUGAAACAAAAAAGUCGUCUUCAGAAGUGCUAUCCCUGGCACUGAACAAGCUAACAAAUUCGGGCCAGAAGAUUCCACCAAACUUUUGUGAACUUUUUACAAUGAUAUUUUUAAUGAUGCAAAUCUUUCUGAGAUAUCCAAAAGGCGCUGUAAAACAUCAUGAGUUGCGAAAGUGUUUAAUGGACGACUUGAAUUUUACAGAAGAAUACGUUGAUGACAUUUGCAAGGUUUUAUUAAACCAUCGAGAUAUACUCAGCAAGAACUUUGCAGAAACCAAAAUGGACCGGGUUAAAAUGACGAAGUUGCAGUGGAGAAUUAAUAUUUCCCUAUCCUUAAAUACUGUGCAAAUAGAUAAACCUACAAUAGUCCUCCACUUCAAACUCCACAAUAAAGAAUAUCGUACUCUAGAAUUGCCACUAUCUAUGUUCCAGCAAGUCCGUUAUAAUAUCGCAGUUUUACUGAAUGAGUUGCAGUCAUUGCAAAGCCGCGCGGCUUUAAAAUAAUUUAAAUGUUUGGUAAUCAAAUAAUGUUGAAUAAAUGUUACGUAUGUUAGUAUGUGUGUAUAUAAGA